AUGGCGUUGUCGGCCUACAGACAUCUACUGAGGGCUACCCGUAUUGCUUUCCAAGGCGACUACCACCUCCUACAUGCUGCUCGAGUCCAAGCACGAACGGGAUUUGACAACAUGAGCUCGCUGGAUCCAUCAUCGGACGAGGCACUAAAGGGAAUAGAACAUGCCGAGGGUGUGGCAUCAAUCCUGCGACACAACAUUGUACAAGGGAAGCAGGUAGAGGGAUCAGAUGUGCUACGACUGAACAUACAUAAAGACACGGAACGAGGUGACAAUGACACGAUCAAGAAUCCGGCGGCCAAAGGAGGAAAGCUAAAGGUUGGAGGCGUAUGA